AUGGUGAUGGCGUCACUGCGCCCGAUGCAGGGGCGGGGCAUGCGGCCGGGCUUCCCAGAGCCUGACGGAGGCUCCGCACCCCCCGGAGAGCCGACCGACGAGAGGGACGAGACGCAUGAGCGCGCCCAGCUCGAGGCCGACAAACGAGCCGUCUACGAGCACCCACUGUUCCCACUGCUGGCCCUGCUACUGGAGAAGUGUGAGCUGGCCACCCAGACACCGACCACCGUCGCGGCCGACACCCUCUCGGCCGACGUGCAAGCCUUCGUCCAGCUACAACAGCGCGAUCGCCGGCCGCUCGCCGCCGGCCGACCCGAGGUCGACGAACUGAUGAUCAAGGCGAUCCAGGUGCUGCGAGUGCACCUGCUGGAACUGGAGAAGGUGCAGGACCUGUGCAAGGACUUCUGCAGCCGGUAUAUCACCUGCCUGAAGGGGAAGCUGCAGAGUGAGAACCUGCUGCGCUCCGACUACGACGACUUUCUGACGGGCUCGCCGGGCGACCACCGCAGCAUCAGCGGCGCAGUGCAACGCAUGGUCAACCACCAGGUGCUGUGCUAG